UGCAGCAUAUCAAGAUGCCAUUGAAUCUUCAUCCCUUUAAGUCUCUCUGCUUUCCCAAUUGUACAAUAAUACCGGUUAAGGAUAUCAGUGUUUUCAGCAGCACCUUCAAUAAGAAACCACUGACCAAUCCCACUAAACACUCAUCUUCAAAACCCCAUAUUUCUUGUUCUUUUGCCAGGAUUGUUCUUUCCAAUCCUCAUGCUUCCCUCGUUUCUAAGAAAGUUUCGAUUUUGGGCGAUACCCACUGCACAUUUUGCACCACGAAUGAGGGGUUUGAUGGCUUUCCCAGUGAUUCAUCUCAAGAGGCUAUUGAUGGUGGAAUCCAAGAGCUUGAAAAACUUGAGUUGCUGAACAAGCCUUCUCCUGUGCGUGUUGCAGAAGGGUUGUCUUCUGAAGUUGAAAUGGACCAAGAGAAGCCUUCUGAAGAGGAGGCUUUGGCACCUUUUUUUAAGUUUUUCAAAGGUAGUAAUUCUGUGGAGGAGGUUGAAGAAGAUGGUGAGGUAUUGGAAGUUUCUGAAGAAAAAGUUGAUUUGGGUGAUGAGGAUGAAGAAGAAGCUAAGAAUAUUAAUGUUGAGUACUAUGAGCCCAAACCUGGGGAUUUUGUGGUGGGUGUUGUUGUUUCAGGCAAUGAAAACAAGCUUGAUGUCAAUGUUGGGGCAGACUUACUAGGUACAAUGUUGACGAAGGAAGUGCUUCCCUUGUAUGGUAAAGAAAUGGAGAACUUGUUAUGUGAUGUGAACAAGGAUGCAGAGAAUUUUAUGGUUCAUGGGAAGAUGGGAAUUGUAAAGAAUGAUGAGGCAAUAAAUGGAGUACCAAUGCCUGGAAGACCUGUGGUAGAGACUGGAACCAUUUUGUUUGCUGAGGUUUUAGGUAGAACACUUAGUGGUAGGCCAUUGCUUUCUACCAGAAGGCUCUUUCGCCGGAUUGCCUGGCAUCGAGUGAGGCAGAUAAAACAGCUCAAUGAACCUAUUGAGGUUAGAAUUACAGAGUGGAAUACUGGGGGCCUGCUAACAAGGAUUGAGGGUUUGCGAGCUUUCCUACCCAAAACUGGACUUGUGAAAAGAGCAAAUAGCUUUACUGAAUUGAAAGAAAAGGUGGGGUGCUGUAUCUAUGUAGAAAUUACUCGAAUAGAUGAAUCUAAAAACAGUUUGAUACUUAGUGAGAAGGAAGCUUGGGAAAAGCUAUAUCUUCGUGAGGGAACACUUCUAAAUGGGACUGUGAAAAAAAUAUUUCCAUAUGGAGCCCAAAUUAAGAUAGGAGAAAGUAACAGAAGUGGGUUGCUGCAUGUUUCAAACAUCACUCGAGCUGAAGUUACUUCUGUCAGUGACGUACUUUCUGUUGAUGAAAACGUUAAAGUUCUGGUGGUGAGGUCAAUGUUUCCUGAGAAAAUUUCUCUGAGCAUUGCAGACCUUGAAAGUGAACCUGGCCUUUUUCUAUCAAAUAAAGAGAGAGUAUUUCAGGAGGCUGAUAUGAUGGCAAAAAGAUAUAAGCAAAAGCUACCUCAUGCUGUUAACACUCAACUAUUAGAACCUCCACCAACCAAUGCCAUCCCUUUUGAAAAUGAAGCACUUUAUGCAAACUGGAAGUGGUUUAAGUUUGAAAAAUGAUGAUGAAACAAGUGGUCACAAAGCAUGAAAUUAUUGGCUGGCAGAAGCUCAAUUGAGAGAACAUGACAUGACAUGACAUUGCAUGGAUCACCAACCAGUUCCACGAUGGGCCUGUCUUUUUGGAAGAAAAACAUUAUUAGCUUCGAGUGGAAAAGCUUUUGAUGCUGUCCCGAUGAGUUGUUUGGACAUGCAUUGCAUAAAGAGCACAACCCUUAUAAUAUGUGGCCAAAUGGAUCAAAGCGCUGUUCUUUCUUUCUCCUUUAAAUUUCUGCUGUCACCAAAAAAGAUUUUCCCGUUUCUUUUUAUUGUGCCUCCUCUGUUGUUGGGCGUCAUUUUUGAAGAUAUAUUAAUGUAGUUACAUGUAAAUUGUAAGAGUUUAAUUUUGAUUCUGUCACAUCAUAUUUAAGCUUACA